AUGGACCUGUUCUCGGCCGCCUGCGAGAACUUCAGUCUGGUCAUCAACACGCAGAAGACGGUGGUCAUGCAUCAACCGGAACCCAACACAGCCAAUCCUCCCGACGCGCCGCCGCAAAACAGCGUAAACGGAAACCAAUUGCAAGUGGUGGAGAACUUCCCGUACCUGGGCAGUACCGUCUCCCGCAACACCAAAAUCGAUGACGAAGUCGCUCGCAGGAUCUCGAAAGCCAGUCAAGCCUUCGGCCGCCUCCAAAGCACAGUUUUGAAUCGUCACGGUCUCCAACUGAGCACGAAGCUGAAGAUGUACAAGGCUGUCAUCCUGCCGACGCUGCUGUACGGAGCGAAGACUUGGACGGGAAUCCUCAGCAUCUACACCAUGCUGAGACAAAUGCAGCUGCGUUGGAGCGGCCACCUGGUGCGCAUGGACGACGAGCGACUACCUAAACGACUCUUCUACGGAGACGUCGCGACGGGUUCUCGUCGUCAAGGAGGCCAAAUUCGCCGUUACAAGGAUACACUGAAGUCCUCCCUGAAGCGUCUGAAAAUCAACACGACCAACUGGGAAGAGCUCGCCCUCGACCGACUGACCUGGAGGAGGACAGUGAAAACAGACGCUGCAAUCUACGAAGCCAACCGCAUCGCUGCCGCCAAAGUGAAACGCGUAGCAGGCAAAUCCCAACUACGCCCAAUAUGCAACACCAACGCACAACCGCUUUCAACGUGUCCUCGAUGUCAACGGAAAUUCCGGGCGCGAAUUGGCCUUGUUGGACACCCUUGGAUCAACUGCACCUCUCGGACCGCACCAACAGACGUCCCUCCGUCCGCCUCUGACUACUCUAUUGACACGCCAUCUCUAUCCUCCUCCUCCUCCUCCUCCUCCUCCUCCUCCUCCUCCACUGCCCAAUCUACGGCCACUCUGGCGGCUGCCAUGCACGACAACACCGCACACAACCCUGUCACCACAACAGACACCACCCAUCCAACCCCCGACUACAGAAGUGAGGACCAGGACUACACAUGCCCUCACUGCGACCUCACCUUCACCUUACACAUCGGCCUGGUCAGCCACUUGCGAAUCCAUCGCACAGAGACUGGCGAACCAGUGCCCGGAGCACCAACCUAA